UUUUCAGUAGAGACGGGGUGUCGCCAUGUUGGCCACGAUGGUCUCGAUCUCCUGACCUCGUGAUCCCCCUGCCUCAGCAUCCCAAAGUGCUGGGAUUACAGACGUGAGCCACCGCGCCGGGCCCCAAGCUUUCUUUAAAUGGGGAAAAUAUGCACGUAAAAAUUCAGAAGGCCUAGAUUGGGGAAGGAGAUGGUGCUCAGCCUCCGUCCUGUGCUUCAGCACAGCCGCCCCACCCGGCAGGCUCACGCUGACUGGGCUUUGUUGAGAACGGGCUUAGGAGCUGCCUCAGUUUGCUGAGCAGUGAAACGUUCUUAGGGGAACCUUCAGGGUUGUUGUCCCGGUUCCCUGACACUAGUCCCUGCGUUUACCAUGGUGCUCAGCCCAACCCACCGGACAGGCACAGCUCCCACCUCUGCCAACAAGGAAAGCCCCUGGGGGUUAACCCUGCCGCUGGCGCCAGCACCGAUGGCAGUGUGGCAGUCAGGACCCAGACCUGACAGAAGUGCCCACUCCCUCUCUGCACAGGUCACUUCCAGCACCUCUUGGUGUUGCAGGGAUUUAAGUCAGAAUCCCUUUUAUUGCCUCAGGGAUGACCGCGAGGCUGUGGUCUCCGGGCUUUGUGUUUGCAGGAGUGUGGGGCUGGGGCUGGCUUUUCUGUGGCCCCGGAGGAGACCUCAGGCAGCCUCUGUAGGUCUGAGGACCUGCCUGCGUGCCAGGUUCUCCCAGGAGGCUUUGGACUUGGGGCCUUUGAACCUACCCUGAGAGGCGCAUCAGGACGGGGUGGUUUUUCCACGUCAUGUCUUGAGCCCCUCACAUGCAUCCUCCAAGGACCUGCCAGCAAUGGAGCAGCUUGCUGGAGACAAGGGGCAUGACCUCAGCGGUGGCGCUGGGGUGAGAAGGCAGGGGUUUUGCCAAGGUGUCUGGCACCGCGUGGCAGGGACAGGAUGGGACCCUGGAAGGAAGAGGAGCUGGGGCUGUGCGGGGAGCAGCCAGCUGCCCUCACCUACUGCACAUUGCAGGAGCCGAGAGCCAGGGACGCCGGUGUGCAACGCGUGGUUGUUGCCACCCUGGGCCCACAGCUGCCAGCAUUCCUCCUGAGAACUGGAGGCGCAGGGCAGCCUCUGCUGCCUCUGCCGAGCCCCGGGUGCAUGGACUGGGAGCCUGGAAACCUGGCGGGCAUCAGGCACAUCAUCCUGGUCCUCUCAGGAAAGGGGGGCGUUGGGAAAAGCACCAUCUCAACGGAGCUGGCCCUGGCCCUGCGCCAUGCAGGCAAGAAGGUGGGGAUCCUGGACGUGGACCUGUGUGGCCCCAGCAUCCCCCGCAUGUUUGGGGCACAGGGCAGGGCCGUGCACCAGUGUGACCGCGGCUGGGCGCCCGUCUUCCUGGACCAGGAGCAGAGCAUCUCGCUCAUGUCCGUGGGCUUCCUGCUGGAGAAGCCGGACGAGGCCGUGGUGUGGAGGGGCCCGAAGAAGAACGCGCUGAUAAAGCAGUUUGUGUCCGACGUGGCCUGGGGGGAGCUGGACUACCUGGUGGUGGACACGCCCCCGGGGACCUCUGAUGAGCACAUGGCUGCCAUAGAAGCCCUGCGCGCCUACCAACCCCUGGGGGCCCUCGUGGUCACCACACCCCAGGCGGUGUCCGUGGGGGAUGUGAGGCGCGAGCUGACCUUCUGCAGGAAGACGGGCUUGCGGGUGAUGGGGGUCGUGGAGAACAUGAGCGGCUUCACCUGCCCACACUGCACAGAGUGCACCAGCGUCUUCUCCAGGGGCGGCGGGGAGGAGCUGGCCCGGCUCGCCGGGGUGCCCUUCUUAGGCUCUGUGCCCCUGGACCCCGAGCUCAUGAGGAGCCUGGAGGAGGGUCACGACUUCAUCCGGGAGUUCCCCGGGAGCCCCACCUUCACCGCACUCACCGCCAUAGCGCGGAAGAUUCUGGACGCCACGCCCGCAGGCCUCCCCUGACUAAGGCCACCUCGAAGCCGCCUUCCAGAGCCACCGAGGGCUCUGCUCCAGCCUCUCAGAGAAACGGAGAGGGCUCGGUUCCCGGGCCCUGCGGGGGCAGGCCCAGGCGGCGUCAACGGGAGAGCGGCUCCCUGACCAGCCUGCCGCAGGGAUGUAGCAGGCACCAGCAGCUCUGCCUGGUUGGCCUGUGGCUGAGAGGACAGCUCGGGCCCUGGUGCUGUGGCCUGGGUGCCCUGCAGCUGUGAGACGGGGGCGGCCUGGACGCUCCUCCCAUCCACGUUUCCACCUGUGCCCCUGGCAGCCGCGUGUCCACACGGUUAGCAGAGCUCAGGAUUUCUGCAGUCCUCAGGUGACCGCGGGCCACCGGCACCCUGGGGUCACUGUCACCUGCGUGAAGCUGGGGGAGGGCUCCCUAAGGGGGCGAACGGACCUCAGCCCUGUCUUGUGACUGUAGAGGAGCCUACCAUUAAACGUGUCCACUGCUGUGAUGACGA